AUGGCCGUUGCUCCCUUGAGCGUCUUGCGCGUCUCUCGACACCAAAUCCCUGCCUAUCAGCGCAUACCAAACACGUCGAUCCAGCGCAAACCACUCAUGAUCUAUUAUGGUGUCUUCUCAAACCCCGCUCCUUCUUCCGUCGAAUCUCAUCUGAGAUCUAUCGGGGUAGUAUCUCCACAAUGGACCUACACCAUGUUUAGCGAAACGCACUUCCACUCAAAUACGCAUGAAGUACUCAGCGUUGUGGCCGGAUCUGCCAAAUGUUGCUUUGGUGGGGAAGAAAACGAAGGGCGCGUGGAACCUGUGCUGAACCAAGGUGACGUGGUGAUAGUUCCUGCCGGAGUAGGCCAUCGGUUGCUGGAGGACUUUGGCGGGUUCCAAAUGGUAGGCUCCUAUCCGACAGGGAAGUCCUGGGAUAUGUGUUAUGGUAAAGCCGGUGAGGAGGAGCAGGUCAAGCAAAUUGAGGGCGUGAGUUGGUUCAAGCGCGACCCCAUCUAUGGUGACGAUGGGCCGAGCCUCUCCCCGUGA